CCCUGGGGUUUACAUCGCUGUGCCCACGGUACCCUCUGCCGCCUCAAUGCGGUGGUGGAUUUCAGAGGCGGCGUUUCCCCAGGCGAGGAGAUUAUUAGGACAAGAAAUUAGUCUAGAUGCAGAAAAUUGGAAGAAAUGGAAGAAAGGAAAAUCAAGAGGAGGAGCCCCAAAUCAUCUACCAGUCACCCUGCUCAGGUUGCUAACUCCAAGAAAAACUCAGUGCCAGUCAGUAAAAGUACAGCCUUUUCAAAUCCUGCACCACAGCCUGCAGUACAAAAAACAAAGUUAAAACGCGUAAUAAAAGAGAAAGCCAAACCUCCAGGAGGCGAAGCAAAAGGGGCACAGGCAGCACCAAUCCAGCAUUCUUUUCUCACAGAUGUGUCAGAUGUCCAGGAAAUGGAAAGGGGACUUCUGAGUCUCCUGAAUGACUUCCACUCUGGCAAACUUCAAGCAUUUGGAAAUGAAUGUUCCAUAGAGCAGAUGGAGCACGUGCGGAGUAUGCAGGAGAAACUUGCUCGCCUCAAUCUGGAGCUCUACGGGGAGCUGGAAGAACUCCCUGAAGAUAAAAGAAAACUAGCCAGUGACUCCAACCUGGAUAGGCUGCUGUCAGAUCUAGAAGAACUGAAUUCAUCUAUCCAAAAACUACAUUUAGCAGAUGCUCAAGAUAUUCCAAAUAGCACCACGGGCUGAAAGAACAGCUUUGUCAAUUUGGAUUCUCCCAGAAGCUUUUCUUUUGUUUUUCGUGACAGUGGAAUCUGGAACAGUUGUGGGUUUGUGUUGGGUUGGGUUUGUUUUUUUUUUUUUUAAAUUUUAAACAAUGAAUAAUCAAAGUGCAAAUCCAAGUGUUUAUUUUUGCACAUUCCUCUGAGCGCUGCAUUAUGUCAGGACUCAGUAUCUAGAGUUUUAAUUAGGUUAUUGUGACGCUAUGCUUUUUAUUAUUGCCUUAUUUAAUAGAAAAAUUAGGGAAACUUGGAAGUACAUUUCUUCUGCUCAGUGUUGUUCAUAUGGUUGAAAAUGAUAUAUGUAUAUAAGUUUUAGCAGUUCUCCAGUUUUUGUGAAGGUAGCGAUGAUGUUGCCUUUCUGAUCAGUAUGUGGACAAUCUGCACACUAUAUCUUUAGUGUUUUGUUGAUCAGUGAUGCCAGAUUAAUUUAUUGUUAAUAAAGUAAAACCUUUUAAAUAUAUGACGUUUCAUUUAGAGAAGUUGCUAUCUGUUUGGGUGUGUUAAGAAGAUACAAGUUCUUGCAUGGUCUGAAUGUUUGUAGAGUUUACUUUUUUUCAUUACCAUGAAUAAUUAUAAAAUGUCACUAAAUUAGAACUAGCAUGCAUGCUAGCAGUCCACAUAAUUUCAUUAAGUAUUGUGAAAUUCCACAAUUGGUUAAACAGUUACAGUUCAAUAAAUCCAGUAU